GGUUUGAGAUUGUGUAUCUCUUAUCGUGUGGUAGCGGCCUUAGUUGGGUCUUUUUAAUUUUUUUUCUUUCAUUAUUUUUUUAGGAAAAAUCACCACUUCUCUGUUCCUUCUAAUUUAUCAAGAAAAAUGACAUCCAAAGGUUCGUAAUUUUUUCUUACUUUUUCACUUCGUGCUUGCUUGUUGUUUGAUGAGAAAAGACAAAGUUGUUGAGGUUAAAGAAUAUUGGUACCACUGGAUUCAUGCAGACGUGAAGUGUCAAAGUUCUCCGCAGAAGGAUGAAGAACGAAUUGAAAAAACUCGCGGAGUGAAUGCUUCAAGUCAGGGUUUGAACAAGAACACACGGUUUGCGAAUUUCACCGUCGGUGGUGAGAAUGCAACGCUUAAUAGUAGUGAAGUGCAACAGUUUCCGCUGAAAUCCAACGGUGAGAACGUUACAUUGGUCACUGAGAUUGGGAACUUCCCUGAUAAUAGGGUUGUCAAAGAUGUGGACUUUGCUGCGAAUGCAACUGUUUCUUCUUCUGGUGAAUCAAACGUGACUUCUGUUAAUAAUAAUAAUAGUAACAAUAAUAAUAACGAUAAUGUAACUGUGGUUAUUGAUGCUGGUGGUUCUUCUUCACAAGAUGUGAAGAUGGAGGGUCGUUUUAGUUUAAAUGAUCAGAAUUGUGAUAUCUAUGAUGGUAUGUGGAUAAGGGAUGAUUCAAAGCCAUAUUACCCCUUAGGUUCAUGUCCACUCAUCGAUAGGGAUUUUGAUUGCCACCUUAAUGGAAGACCUGAUAGUGAUUAUGUGAAAUGGAAAUGGCAGCCACAUAAAUGCGACAUUUCAAGUUUGAAUGCAACUGAUUUUCUGGAGAGGCUGCAAUGUCAGAGGCUAGUUUUUGUGGGAGAUUCACUGAACAGGAACAUGUGGGAGUCGAUGGUGUGUAUACUACGUCAAAGUGUCAAGGACAAGAAACGUGUUUUUGAAAUUUCUGGAAGACAUGAAUUUAAGAAGAAAGGUGUUUAUGCUUUUAGAUUUGAGGAUUAUAAUUGCUCAGUAGAUUUUGUUAGUCCACCAUUCAUUGUUCGAGAGUCAAUGUUUCAAAGGCAUAAAUGGAUCAUUUGA